AUGCAGGUUUACCUGGCGUUUGCAGUUUUCUCCUUUUCCCCACGAGUCACGUCUUCGGCCUCCCGCGGGUUAAACGGGGGUGCUUUCGCCGCCCCCCGGCCCCGGAGUCAACGUCUGUUCUCGGGUUGUCCAAGCCUUUACCAAGCAUACCCAAGCCAAUUCUUUCCUCCCCUUCAUCACAGAGCCCCCCUUCACAAGUUGACACCGCACCAUGACCACUCAAGCUUUGCAUCAUGGCACCAGGUGGCCAAGACUCGGGUCCUCGUGUCCUAUUCGGACGAACUGCGACGGUCAAUCUUAUUCCAGGGACCGAGCCAACCCCACACCGCGCAUAUGGAUUGGGAAUGGUGGUGUUUUCCCCGACCUCGCCCCGAAAACCCCGCGAUCUAUCUGAAUCCUUCUAGAGAUCUAACUGGGCUAGGUGCCGUCCGCUCGCCCGGCGUGCAGGAGGGUAGCUGA